AAAAGGGUUUUGCCGUGGGUUUUGCAAACGGUCAAAUCGUCAUUUUUUUGUUGCCGGGUAUAAUUCUCAAGCGGCCGAGCAUCGAGGGGGAAAGGGAAAUCCGCCAUCCGCCAUUGAUAUUUUCCGAAAGCCAAAGGCUUGUAGUCUUGACCAAACAGGUUUCAUUUUCACGAAACAAGAUCAAUAGAAACGCGCGAAGGAAAAAUCUUGUUUUCGUCGUAAAACUUGAAACAAAAAGAAUCAGGUAGCACAGCGAGCUCUUUGUAACAAGUUUCGUAUGUGACAACAUGCAUAAACUCAGCAAAUUGAAUUCUUCGAUCGACAUUAUACCGCUUCAGGGGACAAGCGAAAUAAGCGUUAAGACAAUGAGAAGUGCCGUUGAUCAUACUGUUUCCAGGGAUCCACGGUGUCCUCGUGAUCCGUUGAUUAUCUCUCGUGUACAAAAGUUCAUGUACGAGAAUGAAGACAAAAUUUACAUUGAUGUCAAUGAAAUGGCAGAUAGUUUACAGAAAAGAUAUAGAGAUUAUCACACAAGAAAACGCAGUGCUUUCCGCAAUAUGGUGCGACGAGCUUAUGACGAAAUUACAGAAAAUUUCAGUAAAAAGUCAGAUUGUUCAGCUGACGAUGAUGAUGAGCAAGUUGAAAUUGAGUCAGAUUCUCAGAAUGAUCUGUUGAGCAAAGAAUUCAUUAAAUUCUAUAAGAAAAAUAUUGAUUCCCAAAACGGGAAUUCGAGCGACAAAGAACUAAUCGACAUCAGCAGUGAUGACGAAAAUGACAAACAUUGUACUGAGAACGUAAAAAAACGUCGCGAAGAUGAUCACCUGAUGAAAAAAACGAUCUCACCUCCCAAAGAUAUCGUUUCUCAAAGUGCAGUGGCAUCGGAGGUUGAAGAUAUGACGUCUGGACCGUCUUCUGCACAGCCCAGAAAAGAAAAAAACGCCCAUCCUGAGACUGAAGUAAAAACAAAGAAAAGAACUAGAGAUAAAGAAGAUGAUGGCAACGCAGUGACAAAAAGAAAAAAAUCCACUACAGCGAGAAGCAUCGAGGCUAAAAUCAAGUUCUCCGAUGUCGGUGGCAAUACAAAAGUCUUAGAAACUGUGUGCAGACUUUUGGUUCACAUACGACACCCCGAAAUUUUUAAACAGUUGGGCAUAUCUUCACCCAGAGGAUUUUUGCUUCACGGGCCACCAGGAUGUGGGAAAACUCUGUUGGCACAUGCUAUUGCUGGUGAAUUAGGAGUCCCUCUGAUAAAAGUAGCAGCUCCUGAAUUAAUCGCCGGAGUUUCUGGCGAGAGUGAAUCUCGAAUAAGGGAAAUGUUCGAACAGGCACUGGCAAUGGCUCCUUGUGUUCUGUUCCUGGACGAGGUGGAUGCGAUCGCGACUCACAGAGCAACGGCCCAAAAAGAAAUGGAGCGGAGGAUCGUGGCUCAAUUACUUUCCUGCCUCGAUGAUCUCGGCACGAAGGAAAAUGGUGAGACAGUGUUAGUUUUAGGAGCAACCAACAGACCAGAAGCGCUUGAUCCGGCGCUCAGGAGAGCCGGACGCUUCGAUCGGGAAAUAUCACUCGGGAUUCCCGAUAAAGAAGCCCGAAAAAGUAUUUUGGCGAUUCGCGCUGCAAAAUUGAAGCUCGCCGACGACGUAAAUUUUGCCGAUAUCGCCGCACUCACACCAGGAUUUGUUGGAGCUGAUCUCGUUGCUCUUUUGACAGAAGCUGCCAUGGCUGCGGUCAAUAGAGUUUUUGAUUUAUUACGAAACGAGGGACAGGCUAAGCCUUCGGAUAUCGAAUCAGUGUCCGAAGUGCGAGAAGCAGAUGAAGUAUUGGUUGAAAAUGGUAUGGAAGGUUGCAGCACCGAAGCAGAAAGUGGAAAAGAAAUAAUAAACGGCGAUGAAGCUUCACCUGAGAAAACUCCUGACAUUCAGGAAGAUUCGAGCGGAGUUGUCAAAGUGAUUGAGCCCGAAUCAACAACGGUCACAGUUACUGAAACACAAAUUCCAAAACCGAAUGAUUCAGAUAAACUGACGGGUUUGCUUACGUGGCUCCGCAAUGAUGCUCCACUGUCGCCCGAACGCUUGGCUAACUUACAGAUAGAACGAUGCGAUUUUGAAAACGCACUGAAGGUCGUUCAACCCUCCUCCAAAAGGGAAGGCUUCGCUACCGUGCCUGACGUUACGUGGGACGACAUUGGCUCUCUUCAGAAUAUAAGACAAGAAUUACAAAUGGCUAUCUUAGCUCCAGUCAGACAUUCCGAGCGUUUCGAAGCAUUCGGUUUGAGCGCGCCAACCGGUGUUAUGUUGUGUGGUCCUCCGGGCUGCGGAAAAACUUUACUAGCCAAAGCGAUAGCUAACGAGGCCGGAAUUAACUUCAUAUCUGUCAAAGGACCUGAGUUGCUUAAUAUGUACGUCGGUGAGAGCGAAAAAGCGGUACGACAAUGCUUCAUAAGAGCGAGAAAUUCGGCGCCCUGUGUGAUAUUCUUCGACGAGCUCGACGCACUUUGUCCAAAACGAUCAGACGGUGACAAUUCAUCAACGUCUCGAGUUGUUAAUCAAAUGCUCACCGAAAUGGACGGCGUCGAAGGACGAAAAGGUGUUUACCUUAUGGCGGCGAGCAAUCGUCCUGACAUGAUUGAUCCAGCUGUUCUGAGACCUGGACGACUCGAUAAAAUUCUAUACGUUGGUUUACCGACUGCGGCUGAUCGAGUAGACAUUCUCAAGGCUCUAACGAAGAACGGAACUAAACCCAGAUUCGAAGCGUCCGUAGAUCUCGAGGAAGUUGCCAAAAGCGCCAACUGCGAUGGAUAUUCGGGAGCUGAUUUAAGUGCCUUGGUUCGCGAAGCUGCCACUGAAGCAUUGCGCGAAUCUAUGAGCGAUAAUCUCGAAGAAUCAACAGGCGUCACUGAAGUUUCGAUUCGUCACAUUACAGUUGCAUUCGACAAAGUAAAACCUUCGGUGCACGAAAAAGAUGCGAAGCACUACGAUACGCUACAAAAAAAGUAUUCACCAACGAGAAAGUCACCGGAAAUAAUACCGAUGGAUACUCCGGUUGAUGCGCCAAUGAUAGACGCGGUAAUGGAGGCAAUGGAAACGUGAGAUCGACAACUUUCUUUACUUUCGAUUAUACGAAUAAAGUUAGAUUAUUCAACUGUAUCUGUUAAUAAACGUGUAAUUCGUGGUAUCGAUACAUA